AUGACGCUCCCCAAUGCGGUUCGAAUAAUCCUGCUCGUGGCAUCCAUUCUAUCCUUCAUCCCGCAGCUCCGCCUUCUCCUUGUCCGACGCGACAGCUCGGGCCUCAGCCUGUACUAUGUGCUCUUGAACCUGCUCGUCUCAAUUGAACUGGUCACGGUCGCCGCCUUCUUCGUCAUUACACUGGCCGAUGUCGGCUCCGUUACCUUCGUCAAUGAACCUCCCGACUCGGGCGACUGGAUCAAUCUGGCCCAGCUCGCAGUUAUCUUUCUGCUGUUCACCCUCACCAUCAUCUUCUCCCCACCGGGUCGUGGCCGUCAUAUUGCUGCCGCCAUAGCCCUCUCCACAUUGUACCUCGUCAUCUCGGCGGCACCGAUCAUUGCCGACGCCGCCACCCCGCACGACCAGCACCCCUACGACCAGGACCGCAAAUGGCUCAUUGCCUUCUUCGAGGGCGCACACGCCUUCCUCCUGACGCCCGUCACGACCAUGCUGGCCGCUGCCGCACUGGGGGCGCAAGCGCCCGCGAUAGGGCCCGACGGUGCUCGGGCGCUGAGUCUGGAGGGCCUCGCGGCGCAGGCCGUCGUCUUUGCGCUUCUCGCCCUGUCGUGGCUGUGGCGCUUGCGGUGGCCUGGUCCUGGCGUCAUGUUCGCGACGUGGUAUCAGUGCGUGGGCUUCGUCCCGGUAGAUCAUGCGGUUUUCGCUGUUGUGCAGGCUGUCCUGCUGUGGAUUGCCGUCCGCCGUUCCCGACAGAGCGCGACGGCCGCGAGCGAGAGGGAGCCGUUGAUUCGAGGUGAGAGUCAUAGAGUCGCUGAUGACUCGAGUCCUCUGGAUACGGAGUGA